GCAAAAUGGCGAUAAGCGGUGUGUGAGUCAGCGUUGGUGGUAUAUCAUAUAAUUUAAUACUUGUAUGUGUCAUUCCUCAUAUUAUAAUCGCUUCUGAGACAUGGACGUCCGAGAAACAGAGCUGGGGUUUUGUCCACAGAAAGAGAUACCCUACAACAAAUUGUUGCCAUAUAGUGACAAACUAGACGAUGAAUCGAACAGAUUUCUCUCUGAAGUGAAGGCCAACUUGGGAAUAGCUGUGCAACUUCGUGAGUUGAGGCCAGGUGUUUUACAUUGGGCAACUCGAUUAUCAACGUAUAUCCGACUCUAUGGCCGCAAGUUUUCCAAGGAAGACCAUUUGGUGUUUGUUAAAUUAAUGUACGAGUUGUUGACAAUUCCAGAUUUGGAAUUCAGAUUGAUUCAGAAAUUUGCACACACUCUGGUGACACUGUUGAAGAAAAAAGCACUUUUAUCAAGAGAUGAUCUCAUAUUGCCAUGGCGACCAUUAUACAAAGUGGUUGAGAGGGUUUACUAUUCUCAUUAUGAACCUCUUGGUUUGGAAUGGCUUCCUCCAACCAUUGACAAUGUACUGAAAAAUCUGAUAAAGUGUGCCAGAUUAUACUUUCCUCUGGAGAGUACCCAAGAGAUGUUGGAUGAAUGGCGGCCAUUGCUGUGCCCGUUUGAUGUCACCAUGUCCAAGGGAGUCGGCUACAUGGAAAUGUUUCUACCAACUACAUUACCUCCCGAGCAUCAUGAUAAGGGAUUCAGAUUGUGGUUGGAUGAGAUGCUGAAUCUAUGGGAUGCUACUCACAGUUCACCAUCAUGGGAAGUGUCUGUAGUUGAGUUAUUUGCUAGAGUGGCGAAUGAUAACAUCGGGUACAUUGAUUGGACGCCAUAUAUACCAAAGAUAUUUACACGGAUGUUGAGAUGUUUCAAUCUACCCGUUGGUACCAAAAAACUACAAGUUGGUAGAGCUUGUAACAGUUAUCAUAUACCAACCAUGUGUACUUUGAUAAUAGCCAUGUUGGGACCUGAUGGUGUUUGUGAAGAUCAUUUAACUAGAUUUAUCCUAGCUUUAGAAUCUUACUAUCAUCCAUCAAAUAUGGGUAAAUAUACGAUAAAACUUCAAGGCCUUCUGUAUAAAUUACCAGCAACUUUUGUCAGGAGAAUUCACAGGGAGCGUUACAAGAAACCCUCUUGGAUCCAUACUAUCCCGGAUAGUCACAAACUCUCAGAUAAAGCUAUCACUACAUUUGUCAAUAGUAUUAUUCCUGCUGUCUUUCCUGCAAUCUUCAGUAAGAUCGGUCACAUGGAGGCGGCGACGGCUCUCCAGCAUAUUGCGCUACUCAGGCCGGAGCUGGUCAUACCACCGCUACUUGAAAAGACGUACACAGCAUUGCAGACAUUGACAGAACCCCAUCAGCUGAUUGCUACGUUAAGCUGUAUAGUGGCCGUGUCAAGAACAUUACUGAAAGGUGGUAAAUGGGUGCCAGAUGGUCCCACUCAUCUAAUGCCGCUACUACAGCUCACAUUACCAGGAAUUGAUACCAAUGAUAUAAGGAAAUGCAUGGUGACUUUUCAAGUUAUCUCUACCUUUGUUUCCUUGGUGCCGUUGGUGGACUGUUCCUCUGCUCUGUAUCUGAGAGAUGAUCUGACAGAGAUUGAAAGAGAGGUUUGCUCAUCAACAGCUGGAUUUGAAGAAUUCAUUCUUGUUUUCAUGGAUAGGUGUUUUUCUUUGAUUGAGAACAGCAAUCCUGAUCCAGCAACUAGACACCAUGUAGACGGAUCCAAGAAUCAACAUGAAAGUGUGAUGGAGGUUGCAAUAGCAUCCACGUUUAGUUCUAUAUUUACUCAGAGUUCACCUCAGUUGUAUGAGGACUGGGCCAAACCAGGUGAUAUAAAUAAUCUGGGUAUGCAGUGGAAUGAGCCAACAGUUGCAAGUAAAUCAUUUGCAAGACACCUGCUGAAGACGUUCUUGGACCCAGAAAUGGACAAACUAAGAAAGUUCAUCCUAGGGGAGUCUAACAAGGUAUCAUUCUUUCUGUUAUUACCCAGUACUACAAUUUUCACUCUACAAAUAUGGGCAUCUGUGAGUAGAGUAGAAUUGAGUCUAGACGAGUUAAAACAGAGUUUAUAUAUUGUAUUUGUAUGUAUAAUCGGUUCUGGUGCUAUGCUACCAUUCUGGCAAGGAGAACCACUAGACUCACAGAUAGUUGAAUCUCAAGUGAAUUUAACUACUUUCCCUAACUUGAUAAAUAAUCUGGAUGAAGAGGAACGUCAAAACAAGCGAAGAGAAGAGGUCUCCAAUUUAAUGCAUGAUUUACUACAGUAUGUCUUAACACACUGUGAAGAUGAUACCAAGUCAUUGUUUCUCAUUAUCAAGAUUUAUUCUGCGCUGCUAACAUACAAUGGUGCCGUAAAAGAGGAAUUUGACACCAGGUGGAAAAGUUUUACUCUUGUUAAGAAAGCUAUGGAAGACACGCUGCACCAGAAAAAACAGCACAUUAGAGCCCUAUUGAUUGACAGGGUACAGCUACAGCAUGAAAUGAGGAUAUUGGAAAGAUCUAUUGCUCCUUACACUGAACUUGACAGGAAACUUAUGAAGGAUUUAUUAAGACUUUCAACAAGUAUGUACAGUGAGGUGCGGAGUAGAGCUCAGAAUGUGCUGUUUAUGGGUAUGCGCUUCUAUGCUUAUUGUAGAAGAGAUCUUUUACCUGGAAUCUUAGAUAAUCUAAGAAAUGAACCAGGGAUUUCACAUCAACAAUUCAAAGGUGCGUUGUUUGUACUGUCAGGACAGAGAGAUUGGAGUCUUACGAUCGUCCAUGAUUUUAAGAUAAUCAGCCAAAUUUGGCCAGCUGUUAUUGAAGCUGGUCACUCUGAGAAACCUUCAAUUAUGAAGAAGAUAGAAGAAAUGGUGAAGAAAAUAAAUCGGCAAUAUGAAACAGUGGUUAUUGAAUCUCAGGUAACUGAUUCUUGCAUAGAUUGUGCCUCCAUGCUUUGGAAAUCAAGUAAUCCCAAACCAGCAUUACCAGCGCCCUCUAUAGCUGAAUUGGAGACAAGUGUUAAGAUGUUAGAGAGAAAGAACAGUGAACAGAGAGACCUAUAUCAUAAACUGGUUGAUACUUUAGUCAAGUUGAUAGACUCAGGUGACUUGAGGUGGAAAUUUUCUCAAAUUGGUAUAGGAUUAUUGCUGUUAUUAAUUCGGAGUGAUAUCCCAAUACCACCCAAUGCUGUGGCCUGCUUUGUAAACUGUCUCGUUCAUGAUUCUAUCAUCAUGAGAAAGACAGCGAUCAACGGAUUGGGAGCGAUACUGAAACAACAGAAGCGAAAACACAAAAUGGUGGAAGUGGAUCCUUACAAACAAGCCAAUCUGCCAGACAACCACCCGUCCCGAAACGAGAUACACCAGGGCGACAGGCUGGACAAUGCAUGGAAUCACUACGACACUAAAAAUAUUCCAAAGACAAAGGAACAAUGGGAGAAGUGCGUUAUGAUUGAAAAAACACAUUGGGGGUAUUACACAUGGCCAAAACCAAUGUACAUGUAUGCACCGCCAAGUGAACAACCCAAACUAGGAAGAAGCAGAGAUGAACUAUCACAGGGAGAGCAGAUGAUUUACGAUUGUUUUAUUAAUCAAGAUUUUGUGGAUAAAUUUAUAGGUUAUUUAUCAUUAGAAGAAAAGAAAGGCAAAGAUAGAUUUAAUAAUAGAAAAUUUAUUCUCUUCAAGGGUCUUUUCAGGAAUUUUGAUGACACGUUCUUAGAACGUUUUAAACCUCAUAUGCAGCGAUUAGCUGUUGACUCUCAGGAAAGUGGUCAACGUUGUCUGUCGGAGCUCACUGCCGGCCUUAUACGAGGCUCCAAACAUUGGCCAUUUGAGAAAUUGGAUAAGCUAUGGGAAUUUCUUGUGCCUGUGAUGAAAACUGCCUUGACUAAUCUGUCAGUAGAGACUGUCAAUGAUUGGGCCACGUCAAUAGCCACCUCCUGCGAAAGUCGGGAUCCUCGCAAACUCCACUGGUUGUUCGAACUCUUGUUUGAAAAACAGCUGUGUGGAGAUGUGGGCUCGUUCAAUGAUUCCAGCUUGCUGUUUAUUCUUCAAGGUGGUCUAGCUCAGCAAGAAUGGAGAGUAGAUGACUUACUUCAUAGAUUACUGUCUUGUGUGGAACCUCAUCUUAUGCAUAGUUAUAAGAAUGUCAGAGAUAGAAUUGGCAGUACGCUUGUCAACGUUUUCUUAUACGACUACCCAGUGAAGAAUGGUACGCAUACCAAAUCACCACGCAGAAAGCCGUUCAUUGACAAAGUCGUUCCACGGCUGUCAUUGCUAUGUGAUAUCGACCUGCAGCAUUUGGAUGUGGAGAAUGAGGAAUGGAAGAAUGCAAUUAAGUUAUGUAAAACAGUUAUGAAAUGGGUUACGGGUAGCUUGUCCAGAAUGUUCUAUGCAGUACCUCCAGAGUUGUUUCAACUGUUACCAGUAUUUGUGCCGAUGGAGAGCUGCGAGACAGACGACGAGUCAAGGCAGGAAGGGCAGGUGACAUUGGCGUGUAUGGCGCAGGCAUUGCUUCAACCAGAUGUAGUACCCGCAGCUUUGCAGGCUAUAAAACAAAUUGCUUCAAGCAGUUCGUGGCACAGUCGGGUCAGCAUCUUGAAUUACACUCAGGUUAUGGUCUUCUACAACAUGUUUAUUAUGACGUCAAAUAAAGAUUUCACUACCGAGAUACAGAAUAUUGUAGUCCAGUUACUAACAGAUGAUCAACUGGAGGUGAGAGAAAUGGCUGGCACCACAUUAAGCGGAUUUCUACACUGUGGUUUUAUGAAGAUGAACGACGACCUGCAGAGUCAUUUUGAAGGAUUAUGCAAGACAAAGCUACCCCGCAAAGCAGGCGUAGGGAUGGAAGGUUAGACAACAGUCUCACUCAUUCAAAGACAUGCUGGCGUACUGGGACUAAGUGCGUGCAUUCAAGCAUAUCCGUACGACGUACCGCAGUGGAUGCCGCAAGUACUAAUGGAUCUUGGUAAUCAUUUACAUGAUCCUCAACCCAUCGAGAUGACAGUUAAGAAGACGCUGUCCGAUUUCAAGAGAACGCACCACGACAACUGGCAGGAACACAAACAACAGUUCACGGAUGAUCAGCUGGUUGUGUUAACUGACCUUCUCGUAUCACCAUGUUAUUACGCAUAGUAUAGAUUGCCUGCUUGUCAUCGAAAAAAAAAAAAGCAAAUUUAAAUUUCUUGCAAUUUAUUGCGAUAAAAUCAUUGUCCGUACUAGUGACUGCAACUACAGCUAUAAUUAACCCAAUGGACGGCAAAGGUAUUAAAGCAUGUUUCUGCCCUUCAAAAAA